AUGACAAAAAGAGCUAACCCAUCACCCAUAAAUACUUCUAAAGACGCCAAGUUACUACUUGACUUGUUUGAUAAUUUCUUAAUUGACUGCGAUGGAGUCAUAUGGUUAGCAGAAACCCUUAUUCCAAAAGUAACUCAAUUUCUACAAUUUUUGCAACACCACAACAAACAAUUUGCCUUUGUCACCAACAACUCAUCCAAAUCACGUCAAGCAUACAUUGAAAAAUUUGAAAGUUUAGGGAUACAUGGUAUAAGUAAAGAACGUAUCUACACCACUGGUUAUUCAGCAGUAUUGGAAUUGCAAAAAAUGGGGAUUCCCUUGGGUUCUAAAAUUUGGGUAUUGGGAGAUUCAGGAAUUGAAGAUGAGUUAAUCGACGAAGGCUACGUCGCCGUUGGUGGAUCGAAUCCGUUGCUAGAUCAAUCAUGGAGCCCCAAGAACCCAUUGCUUAAAGUCGACCCUGAAGUGAGGGCCGUAGUUGCUGGAUCAACGAAUGAAUUCAAUUUUAUGCGCAUUGCCACAACUCUACAAUACUUGAUGUAUAACAACAAGAGUUUACCGUAUAUUGGAACCAAUGGCGAUCGCAACUAUCCUGGUCCUGAUGGUUUAACUUUACCAGCGGGGGGAAGUAUGGUUGAAUAUAUGGCGUAUUGUUCAGGCCGGAGUUAUAUUGAUGUCGGUAAACCUAGCAAAACAUUUGCCGAUAUUAUAUUUUACGAUACUGCCUUUGAUCGAUCGAGAUCAAUAAUGAUUGGUGACACAUUGUCAUCGGACAUCAAGUUUGGUAAUGAUGCCCAGUUGGGCAAUGGACACGGCACGUUGCUUGUGUUGUCUGGAGUGACUACAGAACCGGAAUUGAAGGAAUUGAUUGCUAGUACUAAUCAUCAACAUGGUGAUGACCUGUUGGUGCCUCAAUUUUAUUGCGACUCAUUGACUAAACUUUAUGAACUUUUUACGUGA